AUGGUAUCUGCGACAUAUCAGAACCUAACGCUAGCGCUUCUGGUGCUGUGCAUCGUCACCAGCCCGAUCGAAAGUCGAUACCGGGAGAAGGACACAAAAAAGGGCAAGUCCAUGCCACAGCCCAACCUGCCGCCCAUGAUCGUGCCGUCGCCGCUGAUGAACCUCUGCUCGGGGGAUCGGGAAAUGAAACUCGUCUGUCACUGCAGCCCGGACGAUCCACACGUGAAGGCGCAGAAGGCAAACUGUUGGAUCUUCAGCAAGGAGCUGCCCCGCAAGGACGCCAACUGGCUCGCCUUCCAGACGCAGUCCACGCUCGAGCAGCUCAAGAUCACCGUGCAGAAGAUAGGCAACCUGGCGUACAUCCCCUCCGACGUCCUGCACACGCUCAAGUAUCUCAAACAGCUGACGAUCGAGUACGGCGUCAUACCGGAUCUGCUGAACUAUGCGUUCGGUAACCUGACCGAGCUUCGAAACGUGACACUGCACAAGAACCAGAUACGGAUCGUGCACCCGUUCGCGUUUGCCAACCAUCCGUACCUGGAGGAGAUCAACCUGGAGCGGAACGAAAUUCUCGAGCUGGACAAGGAGGCUCUCGUACAUUUGCCGGCUUUGCGUAAGCUCAACCUGGACUUCAACAAUCUGUCCAUCCUACACGACGACGUGUUCGUGUACCUUACCAGCCUGGACGAGCUGAAGCUGGAGUCGAACCAGAUCUCCGUACUGACGCGCGAGAUCUUCAAGGGACUUGGGAACCUGCGAAUACUUAAGCUGACUGCCAACAGCUUAAGUUCCAUCGGCGAUACAGUCUUCGCAGAGCUAUGGAGCCUACAGGAGCUGGAUUUGGAUCAGAAUCAGAUCGAGAAACUGUCCGCCCGAGCGUUCGACGGGCUGAACAAUCUGCGGAAGCUGAACCUGGAAAACAAUCGCCUGAAACGGCUGGAGCGAGGCAUCUUCACCGGCGUACCAGCCGUCCUCAACCUGAACCUCAACUCCAAUCAGCUGGAAACGAUUACGUACAACAACUUCCUCCCGCUGAUGGACAAUCUAGUCAACAGUACGGCCAUCCUUCACCUUAAAGAAAACCGCUUCAUCUGCGAUUGCCGGCUGCUCUGGCUGUUCGAUUUGCGCAACAGCACCAAAAACGAAGACCUUCGGUACACCCUGCAACAGGUGGAGUGUCUGUACGACGUGAAAGGUGCGCCAGGAAUGUACGGCGCCUCAUCGUUGGUGCAUACCCAGCUGAAGGAUUUCGGCCGCAACCCGCUCGAACCGGAUGACGAUUACUACGACGAGGCAGGCCACCGGAAGCAAGCCUUAUCGGUCCACAAGAAGUUUAGCUCCAGCCGAUCGGCCGGGGACGGUGGCCAGAGUUUGGUCCCGCCUCAGGACAAAGGUCAGCUGCAGACGGUCACGCUGAUGAAGCUCCCGAAGGACAUCAUUCUGCCGUGCCCGAAGGAGCUGGACGAGCCGACGGAGCUUCCGCUGUCCCGCGAAUCGAUCGGGCUCGACAUGGUCUACCGCUCGUCGGUGGCGGCCCCCGGCAGCGGUCGUGGGAGCCGACAUUCCAGCGCUCAUUAG